UUCGUACUUCCGGUUCAUACCAGUAGCACCCGUCAGUUCGCUUGAUGGACUUUGUCGUAAAGAAUCCAACGUUGUGCAUCGGAUGAAAUUCAAAUAUCUUUAAAAAAGUAACCGCGGCUACUUGCUAGCUUUGCUUUGAAGCCGACUUUAGCAGCGAACUUCUUUAUUUUGCUGCGUGUGGCUAACGGGUACAGCUAAUGGUGCUAACUAACUAGCUAGCUCUGUUUUUAUUCGCAAUCUCUGUUUUCGUCUUUUGUUGAAAAAACGAGAAGACCUCGUCAACAUGGACACAAAGCUGUGGUGUCAAUAACAGAUGAUCAGGCGACCCCAAGCGUCGAGGUCUUCAUCUGCAAGAGCAAGCGCACACGAGCGAUGCCAGCCAUGCUAACCUAGAAACUACUUGCUGCAGUGACCUCUCAGCUCAGUUGGCAGCCUUUAUCUAAAGACCAUGUCUGAGAACCAGGCCAACAACAACAACAUCCCGCUCAACAACAAUAACAUGGGGCCCAACAGGAUCCGGAACCCCAACAUCAACCAGAACCCGCUCAUCAACGUCAGAGACCGCCUCUUCCAUGCACUUUUCUUUAAGAUGGCUGUCACGUACGCCCGCCUCUUUCCGCCAUCAUUCAGGCGGGUGUUUGAGUUCUUCGUCCUUCUCAAGGCGCUCUUUGUCCUCUUCAUCCUUGCCUACAUUCACAUCGCCUUCUCUCGCUCACCUAUCAACUGUCUGGAGGGGGUGAGGGAGCGUUGGCCUCGUGACGGCAUCCUACGUGUGGAGAUCCAGAGGAACUCCAGCCGGGCCUCCGUCUUCCUGCAGUAUUACGACUCGGAGGAGGAUGGGGGCACGGGCGGAGGGAGAGGAGGCAUUGCUGGGCUCAGUCUGGCAGCUCUGCAAGAGGAAGAGGAGGAGGAGGAAGAGGAGGAGAUGAUGGAGAUAUUUGACAACAGCUCAGUGCAGUUUGAACUGGACAUGGAGCCUCGCCUGAAGCCGUCUCUAACAAGGCGAGUUGGAGCAGGCGAGGAAGGAGUGGCGGGAGGUGCAAACAACAGCCAGGACGUCUCCUUCAGCCAAGGCACGAAAGUGUGGCCGCAGGAGGAGUACAUGGUGGAAUAUUCUCUGGAGUACGGCUUCCUGCGUCUGUCUCAGAGCACACGACAGAGACUCAACAUCCCUGUCAUGGUUGUCACGCUGGAUCCGAUGAAGGACGAGUGUUUUGGCGAUGGCUUCAGUCGCUUCCUGUUGGAUGAGUUUUUAGGAUAUGAUGACAUUCUGAUGUCCAGUGUGAAGGCGCUUGCUGAGAACGAAGAGAACAAAGGUUUCCUCAGGAACGUGGUGUCUGGAGAACAUUACCGCUUCGUUAGCAUGUGGAUGGCCAGAACCUCCUACCUGGCUGCCUUUGUCAUUAUGGUCAUCUUUACCCUGUCGGUGUCCAUGCUGCUCAGGUACUCUCAUCACCAGAUCUUUGUCUUCAUCGUGGACCUCUUGCAAAUGUUGGAGAUGAACAUGACUAUCGCCUUCCCAGCAGCCCCACUACUCACAGUUAUCCUUGCCCUCGUCGGUAUGGAGGCCAUCAUGUCGGAGUUCUUCAAUGAUACGACGACGGCCUUCUACAUCAUCCUUAUUGUGUGGUUGGCGGAUCAAUACGACGCCAUCUGUUGCCACACCAACACCAGCAAACGGCACUGGCUGAGGUGA